CUUCCCUUCACUGUCCAGUCCUGCGAUCUCAGGUCGGCUCUCUUUUCCGACGGUUUUGCACUCAGCUCUUGCAUUUCGCUUUACCAAUCCGAAACCCUAAAGCCCUCCCACUAUUUCGUUUUCAACCAUCAAUCCAAUCCAAUCCCCUUCGCCUUCAGGCUUCCGGUGCCGUACACCUCAAUUCCAAUUCCAAUUCCAAUCCUAUCCUAUCCCCCUCUUGUUUGCCCGCUCUUUCUUCAACAAUCGAACACACAAACACUUAAUAUCUGUGCUCUGAUUCUUCAGUCUAGUGCGGCGGCGGCGGCGGCGGCAACAAAAUUGAAAGGAGCAAUAUUAAGUCUCAUUAGAAGCUACAAGGAGAUGCAGAGUUCAUGUUUCCGGCUUUUUUAGUCUCUUUACCGGCCCUUGUAUUAUGCUUGGAGGGUUAACUUCUGUUUACAGCUGGAACUGAAUUUUUGUUACCUGCCAUUAUUCUAUGGAAUGACAGUUCUUGCCUUAUGUUUCUUAUGAUUGUACACUGGAUGUCGGAAUUAUACCAAAAUAGAGAGGUGCAAUAACUCAAUAGCACAAAUUGCGCUCUUGAAAUUAAACCUCAACUGACUUGAUGGGCAAGGAAAGCUUAUCAGAAGCUAGCAUUGUAGCCUGUGAGGACGAUAGCUCACCUGGACAUAGUGAUGAUAUUGGUACUCAAGCAUGCCAUAGUCUUGACAACGAGGCCGGCUUGCCAACUUGUCGCGUGUGCCAUUGUGCUGAAUCGGACAAAAGGGGAGAUGCAGCGUUAGGGUUCUUGGGUAUUGUUCCUCCUUUACAAGAAGCAUGUAUAAGCAACGGGGAAGUAAAACCUCAUAGCACGGUAGUCCCUAAAUGUGAUAUAUCCGCCCAGAAAAAUGUUGGAAAAGAAUCUGGUUUUUUGGAGUUUAUAAGCCCUGAUGGAGAGGUUUUCAUAUGUAGUGCUGAUUUAGAGACUGGUUCAUGUCACCAUGAAGACAUGUUAGUUGAGCUUGGUUGCUCUUGCAAAAAUGACCUUGCUCUGGUACACUACGCUUGUGCACUCAAAUGGUUUGUCAACCAUGGAUCCACUGUUUGUGAAAUCUGCGGACAUGUUGCAAAAAAUAUCAGACCUUCAGACUUCAAUAAGGUUAUGGUCUCCUUAAAGGAGUAUGAAACAUUGAGGGAAAGAACUGCUAGGGGGGAAGCCAAUGCCACACAGGUCAAUACAUGUACAGGUAUAGAUCCUGAUGCUGUAGCUGCUAUCAGAAGGCAACGACUGAGUGAAAUUUCACUGUGGUUUACUCCAUAUGGUAAUAGCAGUAGUAACAAUAAUACAGAUAGCAAUUCUGUUGCAAUUUCACAAGUUGUAUCGGAACAACCUUUGAAUCCUGUCAUUGUUCCUGCUGAAAAUCCUGCAACCAAAUGGGCUGUGGAAGGUACUGGAAUUCUGCUUGCUACAGGGCUUCUUACUGUUACUCUUGCAUGGCUUAUAGCUCCUCGUGUUGGGAAGAAAACUGCCAGAAGCGGUCUUCAUAUUCUCCUUGGAGGAAUUUGUGCUUUGACAGUUGUGGUUUUCUUUCGCUUUUUUGUGCUCACCAGGAUCAAGUAUGGACCUGCACGCUACUGGGCAAUAUUAUUCGUUUUCUGGUUUCUAGUUUUUGGUAUCUGGGCGUCACGGACACAUGGUUCCCAUACAACAUAAUUUUCUUGGAUUUUUUUUUGUUUGUGUUUGUGUUUGUGUUUGUUUAACCAUUGUCUUCCAAAGAAACUCAACACAACAGAAUUUAUAUAUAUUUCAGGGUUUAUUUGUUAGCCUGUCUUUGAUGGGUGCA